AUGAGCUACGAGAUUCAACCCAUAGUGAAGGGUACAAAACGCGACCCGGCGUUAAAACGUUAUAACAAGGCGGCAGGAAAAAGUCCGUUUGGCGCUUUCCCUCCCGGCUACGCCCCAAAGAAAACUCGUGCCGAUGUCGUGAAAUCACGCGAUGAGGAGGAGCCAGUUUCAUUGCGUGGGGUUAAGUUUGCCUAUCCCGGCACGCGACACGGCUUUGGCGGAGCGACAAGUUCUCUGUACAAGGGUCGUCCCAACAAUACCAACUCCGAUGCCUUUUCGACCAAUGGUGCGGGUGACAGUAAGCCACCAAAGGCUGGUGCAUUUAAGCGUCGUAUGAUCCCCCCUACUGAAUUUCGUCGGUACUAUGAUCGCGGUGACCUGCCGUUAGCCGUAUCACAUGGGAGCCGGCCCAGCAUUGACUGGAAGGUAGAGGUGGAGCGACUGGAUUACCAUCAUUACCUCCCCAUCUUUUUUGAUGGCAUACGCGAAACAGAGGAACCGUACAUGUUUCUUGCCCGUCAGGGCUGCUUGGAUCUUCUUAAGCGUGGAGGUGCGAAGAUUCUUCCAACCAUUCCGCAGCUUAUUAUUCCCAUCAAGACGGCACUAAACACUCGUCAUCCAGAGAUUAUCUGCGCUACCCUUCGUAUCCUUCAACAGUUGUUGGUCAGUGGCGACCUCAUUGGCGAAGCGCUCGUUCCAUACUACCGGCAGAUUCUCCCAAUGCUAAAUCUCUUUAAAAGUCGCCACAAGAACCGUGUCCGCGGAGAUACGAUUGAUUUUGGUCAGAGGAAACGCGACGAUGUAGGUGACUUGGUGGAGGAGACACUUCAACUGCUGGAGCUGCAUGGCGGCGAUGAUGCGUACAUCAAUAUAAAGUACAUGGUGCCGACUUACGAAAGCUGUGUGUUCAGCUAG